UUCUUUCAUUUUCAUUGUCUGAAAUACUUGAGGAUGUUGAUGUGUUCAAAACACAUCAACAUUAAGAUAAGCAGAACUCUAAAGACUUUUAUGUCUCCAGUAUUACUCCAAAAAAGCCGGGGCUCAGCGACGCGUUGUCACGGCACUGCGCCGGACUAUGUAUCAAAUAGUCGGAUUUUUGUGAAAAAGCAAUCUAAACCAAAAAAUAACAAGAUUGAAGUACUAAAAACCUUUUGAAUAUUUUGUAAAUAACCGUGGUAUAUGUGGGAUAAUACCUGACAAAGUGUUUUGAGGCACACCAUAGAAGCCUGAACAGCCGGGGUAAAGCAAAGGACUGCUGCUCUGUGAGGUGUGAUUACAUUUCCAUCCGCUGCCUCUUUUGGUGUACGUCAAAUUCGAUGCAUAAUGCGUAUCCAAAAGUGUGUUCAUAAGCUAUAUACAAGCCAAUAUUUAUUUUGUAAAAAUCACAUUCAAGUUGCUCCUGAGUAUAGGUCAAACACUUGGCGAAACUACGCAAACAAUGCAACUUAUACUCCAAAAAAUAGGGUAGGUGAUAUUUGUGUGUGAGAUACUGGUAUUCCUUUAUUUUUUGUUCCAACAGUUAUUUUGUCUCAUUAAAAAUGUGGAAAAUAAUAAGGAAAAAUUACAAAUAUUCAAGACAAUAAGAAGAUUAGUAUUUUUGGGGUUUACAAACUCCAAAAAAAUCCUAUUAGUAAUUUAGUUUAUGUCCAAUUUUACUUGUUUCUCCUAUUGUUCCCACAGGCAUUUUUUUUUCUCCGUCGAUAAAAGUUAAAAGCAGGCCUUUUCUACCGCAGAGUGCAUAGCUAUUUUAAAAAGUCACACUUUGCUAAAAGACAGUGCAACACUUCAUAGCGUGCGGUACCUUAAAAAGUUUUGCUACGAAUUACAAAAGGCAAAAUAAAAAUUGUUUUUAAAAACAAAAACCUGAAUGCAUGGGAGAGUUUCAGUGAACUGUGAAUCUGCUGCUGGGUAAACCACAAUUUUUGUCAUAAAAAAAGAAGGCUGAAGUGAUUGACUUUUUUUUUAUAAGCGUCUAGUGAUUUUUUUUUCUUUCUUUUUUCUUGGCCCUAUUUCAAACCGCAGCAGGGACUAAUGUGUAGGGUUUUUUUGUGUGUUGGGGGGGGGGCUUUUGACUGGCGGUUUGCGUGCUGCAGCUGUGUCUUGCUAAACUGUUUUUCACAGCAAAAACAAUUUAUUUUAUUUUUAAAGGGGCAUAAAGUGUUUAAGAUUUAGCACGUUAGCAGAUACUUUAUCCAAAGCAACAAAUAAGGCCUGUCAACCAGAGUUUUAAGAAUAUGAAUGUCUCGUUUAUGCCACAUGACCUCAUGUGUUUUGAGUUUUCAGUGAGGAAAUAAAGCAGCCCAACAACUUAAAUUAAGCCACUCGUUGGGAUAUUUUCAAUGCGCCCCCUCCCCUGAGAUUGAGAAUGAUUUAAAUGGAGGAUGAAACUCGUGAGGUGUAUGUGCUCACAAAAAAAAGUGUGAAAACCAAAAGCUUUUCCUGCCUGGUAACCUUUCGCUCACAUGCUGACUGCUGCAGUCUGCUGCACUUCCACCAACAAGACAAAUGCUUCUGAGGCAACAUGGAGAGAGAAGGAAUCUUCAUCCAGUCCAUCUAUUACGGGAAGAUCGGAAGGAUGGUCACAGAGAGGCUGCUGGAGAGGUUCGGACAUGACGGCAGCUUUCUGCUGAGAGACAGUGAGACCGUACAGGGGGCCUACUGUCUCUGCGUGAGGAAAGCACCGUUUGUCCACACAUACAGGCUGUUACGCUCUACCUGUGGCUGGUCCCUUCAGGAUUCAGGGGAGAGCCUAAGGAGAUUUGAAGCUCUGGAAUCCUUGAUAAAUCACUACAGACGGGUCACAGUCGCUCGAGUUGUCCCGCUGACGGCCCCGCUGGACAAAACGCAAAUACCAAACGGCAUCUGUGAAGGUAUCACCAACGUACCGUUGAGAGGUGUUUCAUUCUACUUCAGCAGCACAUUUGCACCCACAAAUGGUUUCAGUCUGAAAGGCUUAAAAACGAUUCUGUUUUCCACCACAGAGUUUCUCUACAUGGAAAUAAACUGCAACGCCAGCAAGUCGAAUGACUGAGUUCAAGAUUAGAGGCAAGCAGGACCUGGAGAAGCCUGACUAACAUUUCUUUAUCUGUGUUACUAAAGCUCAAAUUAAAUGAAAUUCAAUUUUUGGCCAUUAAAAAAUAAUAAUUUUGUUGUUAGAUGUUCUUUUGUGUGUGUUGGAGAUAGAGAAAUAACUAUCUUAAACUAUAGCAUAGUACAUACUUCCUUCUGAUGAACUUAUUUUGAAAGUCUCAUUAAAUCAUCAUAAAAAAAUACAUUUCCUCAUCUUUAUUUUUUUUAAUUCCCUUGUGUUAAAACAUGCCUUAAUUGUGUUCAAUUCAGCCCCACAUAUUUACCAAAAAUAUUCUCAUUUUUGUUCUGCUCUUACUUUUACUAUUUGCCCUUCAAACUGAAAAUUGAGCUUUUAUUUUAUAUUUGCCCAUAAUAGUCUUUUGUAAACAAUGUUAUAUACUGUAGUUUAUCAGCUGAUGUUUUUGAUACCUUGUCAUUUUAUAAAAUUAUAUGUAAUAAAUGAACUGUUUGUCAUCAGCUUGUUUCCCUUUACCUUGUUUGUGGCAUAGCUCAGUCUUGGGUUAAAGAAUUGUUUUAUAACUAUUCCUUAAAACUUCUGAAACAGUGAGGGUAAAGGGAAAUUCUUUGAUUUAUCCUCAAAUUCUUCAUUUUAAUGCUUUGAUGAACUGUAGGCUAAUGUUAAUUGCAGAUUGCUCAAAACAAUGUUUUAUUUCUCACUUAAUAAACAUGUUGUGUAUU